ACAGUGUCAGUCAGACACCAGCGAGCCAAACAAACCAAAAUAUUUUCUCAAAAAAUACCCCUUUUUGUAAGAAAAACCUAUUUUUCCUUAGUGUUCACUACAGUUUUUAUACUGGCGUCGGAAAAUUAUUCCAAGAAAAUGCUAGACGGGUGGUACUGCCGCUCUAUAGCAAAUAUGCAGGCGAGCGAGGCGAGUGUGAGCAAUAAUGCACCUCCGGAACCUCCUCAGGCGCGUGAUUCUCACAAAGAGUAUUCUAGUGACAGCAGCAGUGAUCCUGAACCGGAACCUAACUAUAGGGCACAGUACAUGGCUCUAAAAAAGAAACUCAAGUAUCUUAUUUAUGAGAAUGAAUGCUUCCAAGAUGCCCUAAGGUGUAGUCAAAAGAGGUUGCUGAAAGUGUCACGAGACCGCAGCUUUCUUCUAGACCGCCUGCUGCAGUAUGAGAAACCAGAAAGUACAACUUCUGAAAGUGAGGACACAGAAUCGUCUGAUGAUCCUGAAUACUACCGCAUGGAUGUUAAAAGAAAGAAAAUGGAAACAAAUGCUGCUGGCCAGAAUAUGUCAACAGGAUCUUCGGUCAAGGGUGCAAAUGCCAUAAAGAGAAAAAGGGCUGCUGUUCCUAAGAAACCUCCUAAUGCCAGCCAUCUCCACCAAUCAAGCGGCUCAAUGCUGUCUAAAGUUUCACCGGCUUUGGGUUUUGGUCUGUCGGCUGGCGACGGCCACAUGACGCCAGAAGAAGUGGAGCGACACCUGCAGUCGCGGCAGUCGUACAUGGAGCUGCUGCCUGAACGCGCUCCGCCCACCGUGCCAACUGAAAUGUUCAGCAACGAUCCAUCACUUGACAGUGAAUCAAAUGAUGUCUUGGAGAACUCACCAAAUGUGGAAGAAUGGUUUGAUUAGUAAAAAGUUAAAAUAUAAUUUUAAGUGUAUUCUUAGAAUAAUUUCAUAGAAAGUAAAUAAAUACUUAUGUCUACA